AUGGGUGGUUUAUGUAUUUGCUAUCCCGGAUUUCAUGGCUCAAGUUGCGAUGAAUACAGCCCAUCAAGCCCGUGUUAUGGUAACCCUUGUCAAAAUAGUGGUACUUGCUUUCCGACUAAUGGGGGUAAAUCUAUCCUGUGUUACUGUGUAAACGGAUUUACAGGUGCUAGAUGCGAAAGCGCUGUGGCUAUUGUAGUCAAUAUUAGUAAGCUGACUGGCGGUUCUGACGCGACGCCAAGCCCUGCAAUGAAUUCUACUACAGAAGGAACAUCGCAAUUGAACCACACCAAUUCAGUGAAUUUUAUUCACAGCAAUGACACUGCUCAUUUUACCAACGAAACUGAAAUCUUCAUGAACGGUACCGGUACUUUCGACAACAGUACUCAAGAUAGCAAUGAAACAAAUUGGUAUGACAAUCAACUGAAUAACACUUCAACAUUUCAAAACCGCACUGCGAAUAACGAUACCGAUUAUGGAUUUAAUAAUAACUCUAUGCAGUGCAAUAUCACGACGUGUAGAGCUGGUCAAUGUGUUAAUAUGAAUAAUAAUACAAGUGUCUGCGUGUGUUUCGAGGGAUGGGGUGGGGUGGCUCUACUUGUGAAGAAGCUUCAAUUUGAUAAUUUAACUUUGAAUUAUCCUCAUGCAGAUCCAUGCGAAUCCUAUCCUUGUUUAAAUAAUGGUUCCUGCUUAUCGAACGGUACCGAUUAUAUCUGCAACUGUUUAGUGAGAUAUGAAGGAAGGGACUGUGAAAUAAAAAUCCCUAAACCAUGCGAUCCUUCCCCAUGUGCGAACGGUAUCUGUACCGAGAUCAGUAAUGGCACCAGUUACACAUGCGAAUGUUAUGAAGGAUACGAGGGUCAAAAUUGUGAUUGGAUUUCAGGUAUUCGAGUAUGUGAAGAGAAGCCUUGCCAAAAUGGGGGUUCAUGCCAAAGGUUUGGACCAACCUCGUACAAAUGUUCCUGCGCUUGGGGAUAUGCAGGGCGAAACUGCGAUAUUUACGAAGGAACUGCAUGCGAUAGGAAUCCUUGUAACUAUGGCUCAUGUACUGCAACCGGAAGAGGCAAAGACUCGUAUAUUUGCAAUUGCAAGUUAGGUUACUUAGGAAGAAACUGCGAUAGAGCAGAUGUCGGAACUGCAUGCGAUUCUCAACCAUGUCGAAAUGGAACUUGUUCUUUAAAUACAAACACUGAUUAUACAUGCGCCUGCUUUCCUGGAUACACUGGACGAUAUUGUCAACAUCGUCUUACGGCAUGCUACAAAAUGCCUUGCAGCAACGGAUAUUGUACUGAUGUUGACGGAGGACGAGAUUAUCGCUGCACAUGUUAUGGAGGAUUUGGCGGUAGAAAUUGUGAUCGAUAUAUUGGAUUACCUUGUCAUAACAACGAGUGCUACAAUGGAGGACUAUGUCAGAACGUUAAUAAUUACCGUGAUUUCCAAUGUACAUGUCAACCAGGGUUCUAUGGUCGUCAAUGCCAAGACAGUAUUUCACAAACAACAGUACCACCAACGACAGAAGCAACUACACAAAAACCCACAGAAAGUUCUAUUGGACGUUGCGGAGGUAACUUCACUGGAUCAAGAGGAAUCUUGACGUCACCAAGAUUUCCACAAUCAUAUCCUCCAAGAGCGAGGUGUAUCUACGAAAUCCACCUACCGAAACACCAAAGAAUUGAUAUAAGAUUUGAUACCUUUGACUUGGAGGCCGGCAUCUUUGGCUGUUAUGAUAUCUUAAGAAUAUAUGAUGGAGGUCAUUAUCGACAUGAUUUAGCUGCUGCAGCUUGUGGCAAGCGAAGGUAUUUGAGAUAUGAGUCGAAGACAAAUUUGAUCUACAUAGUUUUCAUGAGUGAUAAAAACAUAGAAAGGAAGGGCUUCUACGCGACUUAUUCUGCAGUGGAAGAUAAGUCACCUUGCAAACCUGACACUUGCAAAAAUAACGGAAAAUGUAUUGCUAUCUCUUCUGAAAAAUAUAAAUGCCGAUGUGAACGUGGAUAUAUCGGUGAACGUUGUGAAUCGAAACUCAUCACCAAAACCUUCAAGACAAGAUCUGGCCUUGUUGCGUCUCCAAAUUACUUUGGAGAAUACGCCAAAAGUGUGCGUUGCAUUUUUACAAUCACUGCACCAACUUAUAGGCAUGUACUACUAACGUUUGAACGUUUCCAUCUUUCCAACCCUGAUACAAAUGGUAAAUGUUCAGAAUUUAUGAAAAUCAUCGAUGGAAGUACACGUUCUAGGCGCAUUCUUUUCAACGGGUGCGGCAUCCGUAGCCCUGGUACACUGAUGUCGUCGUAUAACCGAAUGACUAUUAUCUACGUUACAAAUAAUGCACGUACUGGAUAUGGUUUUAAGGCAACUUAUAGGACUCGUUAUUGUGAGUAUUUGAGUAACUAA